CCCCCAUCCUCUCUCAUCUCACUGUCAAUUUCUCAUUAUCACUUCCUCCCACUGUCAGUUCCCUCUUCUCUCUGUGCUUGUACACCACUGUCCAUGUAGGCCAUUACUCAGUCCUAGAGUCAGCUGUCUGUUUCAUCUAAAGCCCACAGCUAGGAAGCCCCUGACCCCACCGAACAUGAUAUUUAAUACACCGUUGUCACAAGGACGCCCGCGCUUGCAUUAUGCAUGGCUGGUAAGCAGACAUCCAUAAUAGAUGAAAAGGACAGUUUUGCAGUUUCUUUUCAUGCAAUUACGCCAAAUGAAAUUUUAACUCUCACUUUCUGUCGCUCUCUCCGCGCGAAUGGAGUUUGUCCAGCGACUCCAUUUUGAUCAAUUAUUUAAACGGAGGGGAGCCGUGCGGAUCAAGAGAGAUAUGCAGGCCGGCCCCGAUGGAAAGCAGGGAAACGCGUGAGAGUCACCCGAGCUCAUGCGUGGAGUCCAGGUCCCACAGAUGCCCGACAGAUGUCCAAAGUCUGACGACAACGUGUUUCUCGAAUCACAGGGAAAAAAACCGCUGCACUUGCGUAGUAAUCUCUUUAAGGUUAAUCACCAUCCAAUCUUCAAAAGGCAGCCGCCAUAUCGUUCUCUGCCAGAUUGCCGAAUUUCAGGACUACUUAAGGACUGCAAAGGGGGCCAGCUAACGGAGGGGGAUACUGACUGGUGGCUUUGAAAGAGAGUCCAGCAAAAGGCGGUCUAUGAGCAGCCGAUUGAAACACUCGAUAAGGGCCCAAGGACAGUGUAACCUCUAACAUGCUGUCUGCGGCCCUCUCCUGCAGAACUUAUCAGAUGGGCCAGAGAACGGUUAAUGUGCGCUAUUCAACUUUUACACCACCUCUCUGUUCCCCAAUGCUGCUCCUGGCAACCCUCUUUAUUGCUCACUCUCUCUCUCUCUCUCUCUCUCUCUCUCUCUUUCUCCCUUUCGUUCUCUCUCUCUCAUCAGCACCCCCCCAUUCAGCGACCUCACCACCAGCCCCCUCACUCUCAGAUUGCACAUACUGAUACAAAAACACACACACACACAAUCCCGCAUGAACCCAUUUGAAUAGCUAGUGAGCUCCGGUAAAAAGAGGGAACAAGUGAAAAGAAAAGAAAGUGAUGGAAGGAAAAGCAGAAGAGAGGGACACAGAAUCCACUGACCGGACGACAUUCACAGUGUUUUAGCAGGACAAGCGUUCCACGUGUGAAGGACUAGACGGAGACUAGGGGAGGGGAGGGAAGGGGUUCUGGAGCCUUGCACCUCACCCCCCGAGUUGGGACGGCCCCAGAGGGACACCUGAGCCCUGAAGAGACACCUCCUGAGGGGAGUGGGAGGGAGUGAGCAGCACCCUGUGGGAGAGGGAGUCAGAGGAACACACAACAGCAACCUGCUGUCGCUCCUCCUCUCCUCGCAACCCCGACUCUCAUCCCCUUCUCCUCCUCCUCCUCCUCCUCUAUCCUCGCUCCCUCUCUCAUUUGAUCCCAUCCCUCACUUCCAGCGCAGGAGAGGGAGAGCGUGCACUGAGAGAAGCCGGGGAGCUACCCGAGACGUGGUGACUGAGGAAAGUCAAAGACACGCAGCUUGAACCAGCGAUGGCCCACGCGUCCCUGUCCUGGUGCCUCGGUGCGGCUUUGGCUCUGUUUUGUGGCUCUCCGUGGCCCCCGGCGCACUCCGCCCUGGCGCCUGAGAACGAGGUGCCACUCCGCCCCACCACGUGGGUCCCAGAAGGAAAGAUCACCUCUGUUAUUCUCCCCAAAGGACGAACCCGCAGGCUCUACUUCACGCUGAAGAAGAAGGCUCCGGCCAUGUCGGUGACUGUCAGCCCAUGUGACCUCCCCAUCGAAUGGAGCUUGGCGGCGCGCACCCUGAAGGACAAACCCCUCAAGAGCCUGCAGUGGAGCACCAAAAAGAGCACGCCUGAGGUGUGGUGGCGAGGUCCUGGGACUGAGGAGAAAAUGCACGGCUUCACGGGCAAUGCAGUUAACACCUACAAGGGUCCUUCCCAUCCCCAGGCCACCAUCUACAUCCUGAGGCUGCGCGCCAAGCAGCAGAACACCAGAGCUACAGUGUACCUCCACGAAGGCCGAGGGCACUCGGGCGCCUUCCCCCUCCUCCCGGCUGACCCCCGAGUUCACACAGUGGGUGUGGGCAUGACCAGCGUCAGCCUCAGCUGGGCACCCAGCGCCUCCCUAACCGGCCUGCCCGAGACGCAGAAAAGCUACGGCUACUGUGUCCUGGCCAACUCUCAGCGGAACCACCCGAGUCUCUGUGCCGCUCAAGUGAGCGCGGGGAAAAAGAAAGAACAGAAGCGAGAAAAACAUAAGGAGGACAGGAGGAGGGUCGCUGCCUGGCCGAUUCUGAAGGAGUGGUGGUGGCAGCAGUGGGACUCUGAUCCUGAACCCCAGAGUCCACCUUCCUCGCCCGCGGACGAAUAUCCUGGCAUCCAGUGUGCGUGUCAGGGGACAGAGAGCGUCUGCACCGUCUCGGAGCUGCUGCCCGACACCCGGUAUUACUUUGACGUCUUUGUGAUGGACAGGCUCAAUGGGACCAGCGCGGCGUACGAGGGGACGUUUGCCCGAACGCACGAGGAGGCCCAGGCGGCUGUCGUCGCUCUGAGGGAGGGGGAGCUGAGGUGGGUGACGUUCGGCGACGGAGGCCCCGGCUCGGAGCAGUUCUUCAGUUUCCGACCGCGGGGCUGGCAGCAGCAGAGUGGCCUCCUCACCUUGCAGAGCUGCGGUGGAGGCGAAAAGGUCACGGUCACGGUGUCCGGUGAAGGUCAGGUUUUGACCUCGCAGGCCGUCGGGGGAGAUUUAGUGCACAUUUGGCUCCAGGGAAGCACGUCCUAUCUCGUCCGCUUGGAGAGAGAAGGAAGUACCGCAAACCCAGUUCUACCGGGAGGUCCGACGGCCUCGGUCAAAAUCCAGGCCUCCUCCGCGUACCACCGCACGGAGGUCCCAUCGCUGCCCUCCACAUUGCAGAUAAAGUCCUUCAACCGGUUGCGGGGCUGCAACACCGUCACCCUGGCGUGGAUGGGCACAGAAGAAAGAAGUCUGUACUGCGUGUACCGCAGAGCGCUGGGAGAGCGUGAAGCUGAGGCGGGGGGAGCAUCGGCCCUGACGGCGCCCUGCCUGGGACCGGAGUCCCGCUCUGACACCGAGCGGGUUCUCUGCAAGUACUUCCAGGAGCUAAAUCCUCGGCGGGCCGUCACUACAGCUGUGAUCGGGGGCCUGGAGCCAGGGACGGCCUAUGUGUUUGAUGUCUACCUAAUGAGACGCUGGGGGAUCCCCAUCAUGUACGCCAGUAAGAUGGUGAAGACCAGAAGGGAAUGCUGAGAUGGCGCCCCCUGCAGGACGUUUUGACUUACCCAGUUGAGGGGGAAAUGCAUCGGCCAUGGACCAUGGACCAUGAGAAGGAAGCCGAUCGACUGUUGUGGAGAGACUGUUAACACAACAUGGAAAUAUCCCCCCCAGGAGGAGUGAUGGUUCUAUUCAAACUCCACUUGCAGUAUGCAAGAUAGAAAGCAUAUGAGAGAGAUUUGCAAACCAGCUGAAGUUCAAAACCUUUACAAUACAACUCUUGUGCGUUUUUCUUUCCGUUUUUCCUCGUUGAUCAGGAUAGUGAUGUGCCAGUUGUCCAAGUGCUUAUUUUUUUGUUAGAGUACAAAGGACAAAUGUGGUUUGUGAUGACUGAAAUGAAAUACAAAAACAACAACACAGACUGUGCCAAAUAUGCGACAGAAACAGAUGGGGCAAUAAUUGGAUAACAUCUGAGAACCGGGCCCCGGGGAGGUGGGGUGGGGUCGGACUUUGCAGUGUAUAUCUCCAGUACUGCAUAUUGUACAGGCUUAUAAACACAGAUGGGUGCAAUCUACAGAUGCUUAGUUCAAAGUCAGUGUGUAUCUUUGUGUUCUGCAUUUGCAUGAAGCAGUGAAAAAUACUUAGUGACUUGCCUCAUUGUCUUUGAUGUAUUCUUGUGCUGCUCCAGACGCACCAAUAAAUACUAGGGUAUCUGUACGUUUUUUGAUUGAGUGAUGCAUGUGUGGAAACUGGAGAGUCAAAUCAGAUUUUCUCGCUACCAAAUUGUUUUCAGAUAUCUUUCAAUUUACUGUAGUAGAUGAAGCCUUGUGCUGCUCAGUGCCAUAUUAAUAUGUGAUAUUACAUCAAUUGUUUUGUAUUUAUUAAAUGUGUUUAUUUUGGUAAAUAGAGUUGUUGCAAUGGACGAGUUGUGAAAUGUGUUACUGGGCGACUUAAAUACUGCAUCUUUUGUUGAUUUAAUCCGGCAUUGUAAGCUUUAUUCAGCUUCAAAUAACAUCUUAUUUUCAUUGACCAAUCAACCCUAGUCUAAAACAAUAAAACAAUAAUGAUUUAGUACUUA